UUGGCAGUUAUGAGAACCCAAAGGAGGGAAUAGUAGCGGAGCACCCUUAUGGUGCAAAGCAUCAGCCAGGAAACGUGGUUUUAGGCUGAAAAAUUAAAGGUGGUAUUAUGGGGUUUCACCUUAACCUGCAAAGUCAGCCUGGAAUCUGAAAGUCAAACAGGGCUCUCUCUGGCUUGUACAUUGUCAACAAUAGAGAUUCUGCAACCUGAUUUAGGUCACCCUUCCGUUAAUAGUGUGAUACAGCUCCAGGAGAGUAAGCUAUGUUGUCUUUUCAGUGCAGUCCAGGCAGGAAUAAAACGUUUAUUCAGCAAAGACUUCUGCACUGUGUUGACUUUCAGUGAAGUCACUGGGACAACACACAGUGCAUGGCAUUAAAUACCUAAGUCUGCAGGAUGAAGCACUAUGUCCCAGAUAAAAACAGAAGAUGAACUGAUCCUUUUUGAAAAAGAGAUCAAAGAAUUUUGGACGAAAUUCAAAAGCAUUUGUGGUAGUGAACACGUCAAUCAGACUUUGGGACUAAGAGAAUCAUGCAAGGAGUCCAUAAAAGCACUCUCAGAGAAGUGGUCCAAGAAGUUAAAAGAAGGGGAUCUAAUGAUUGACAAAAUUCAGGAAUACAGAAAUGAGAUCCUCCAGCAGAACAUAUGCAUUGAAGAAAAGCAAGAGAACUUAACUGAAAUUAAUUCCAAAAUAAAGCAUGAAGAAGAACAAAAGAGAGACUUUAUUGAUCGCAUCCAAGAGCUCAAGGAAGAGUUGUCCAGAAAAAAGGAAAUUAUAUCUACUAAAAACAAGGCCACCAAAGAGAGGCUGGAAAGAUUGAGUAAGUCUAAAGAACUGUUUGAAGAGCGGCUUGGGCUAGAAAUACGCAGAAUUCAUGAUGAACAGUUGCAGUUUAUAUUUCGAUGUAUUGACCACAAAGAUCCUGACAAGCCAUACACGUUUACUCUCUCUAUAAACGAACAGGGAGACUAUGAAGUGACAAGCAGCUCUCCUCCUCUGGAUUGUAUAGCAGAACUCCAGCUAAAAGUGAGAGAAACCAACAACUUUGCUGCAUUUAUUGCCAACAUCAGAAAAGCUUUUACAGCUUUGUCUUAUAAGUAAUCUGCAACUAUAUGUAAAAUUGGCUUCAUACCUCUCUUCCUGUUCCUGUGUGCAUUCCCUGCGCUUCCUUUUGUAUUAACAGAACAGUGGAGUGAAAGGAAAUAUUUAUGUAUGUUU